GGUUCGUAGUUCAUUAAAUGUUUCCUGGUAACCUUUAUUAUUCAUUGUCGAAUAGUUUAAACAAGAGUAAUAUGAAGACAUGCGCUCUCUCCGUCAGCUGAUUCAAGAAUCAUUAAAGAUUUCCACAACGAUGUUUUGUGUGUGGUUGCCAUAAAUGUUUGAAAAUAAAUAAGUGAAUUGUUUUGUCCGAGUAUGGAUGUGCUCAGGGAGUUAUCGUCGAGGAACGAUGUUUACACCGUUUUCCCAAAUCUGAGGCUGGAAAACGACCAGGAUCUGCUGCAAUUCAAGACAAUCCUCCCACAAAUUUAUAACCUCAUUGACAAGGGUAUUCUGCAAAAGGAGCUGCUAUACCUCAGUCUGCUGAUCAAUCCAAAUGAGAAGAUCUUGGAAACAUUCAUUGACUAUGAGGUUUCUUUACCACUGGAUUUGAGCAACAGCACAUCCUUAUUCUUUUAUGCCUUCUACAAGAGGAAAUAUUGGUUCUCAGAAAUUUUAAAUAAUACUCAGUCCACAGACAGGUUUGACAAUGAAAUCAAGAACAACAUUCAAAUACUUAAGUUAAUGAAAGUUACUAAUGAAUUUCCCAUUGACUGCAGACAGAUUGUCACAGCCUUAGAAAGCAUUGAACCAUCCAAAGAUGAAUUCAUUACAACCUAUCUUGAUGAAAUACAGAAUAUGCUGAAUGUCAUAAUAUUCUGUCGAUCCCUUAAUCCAUCAAUUGAUGAGACUAAUCUCUUCAAUACAUUCAAUGAAAGCUCUUUGUUAACAACCUUUUCACAAUAUCUACCAUUGGAAGAUUCCUCUACCUGGGAUAAAGUUGCAUCUCAGCUUGAAAUUGAUGAGAACAGGAAGACAAAAUUCGUUUGCAAUUUAGAAACUGACGAUGAGUACUCGGAAAUCGAGAAUUUCACAGCAUACACAAUCAUAUUGAAUAUACUAAAGUGCAUUAAUUUGUGCAAAACGACGACGCCAAGAGAUGACAUUAGCGAAAUCGUUAGAACCUCUGAAGAAAGGUUCCUUAAAAUUUCCAAUUUGAAACUGCAGAUUGAAGUGCUGGAAAAUGUCUUUUCUAUGUGCUUUUUGAGAGAUAACAAUAUAUAUGUGUGCAAUGAGAAGGAGCUGUACAUGAUACUGAUUUUUGUAAAGUCAGCAAUUGGAAAAAUCAAGCAAAAGCUUAUUGUGGAUUAUGAGAAUGAGGAGUAUGUAAGGUGGAACAAGCUGUACAAGUAUGUGAGAGAUGGUCUAUGGAGAUUGGAGACUGUGAUCAAUGUGAAGAACUGUGGUAACAAAGAGAUUAUAAAUUAUAUGCUUAGUAAACCAGAAGGUUUGAUUAGGUUGUGCUUGAAGAAAAACAACUUCAAGGAGGCUCAUCAGGUCAUACAACUUUUCGAACUGCAGAAAAGCGAUCUCGCGCAAUCUAUAUUUUACACGGAACAGUUGAACAACUUCCGGGUGAAUCUGAGCACAGCCUUCAAGAUGCAGGAGCUACAACGCGCGUUGCCUCACCUGAGGACAAAUCAGAUAUCCGUGGAGAAAAUCACGAAGACCUUCUUUGACAAGGCCAAGUCAAACAGUUUCUAUGACUUAUUCGACAUAGCUCUGACUUUUCCGAGCAAUCGCGAUCACUGUGAGCAGAUGCUUCGCGUUGCGCGGCACUUCGACGAGGAUAAUGAUGACGAUGAGUUUUAUGAAAGAAUAUCGGAGUUGUUUGAGUUCUUGGACGGCGACGAGGACAUCUCCUUCAACGAAAUUCUUUGCAACCCCGAAUACGAGCUGCGUUUGGAAAGUUACAGGGCGAAGCUAGAGACGCACUCGAAGCUGAAUGAUUUUCUAAAUGAUUUCUUCAAUCAGAUUGAUUCGAAGGAGGUGGGAUGUUUCAACAGCAAUCAUCCGGCCCAUCGGACUUUCAUGAGGAUCAACGAGUUGAUCUCCGACAAAAACAGCACCAAAUAUGUGCUGCGACUCUUCAACUAUCUCAAAUUGUUCCUGAAGAUCUUCCAGGUGGAAGAGAACCAUGCGGAUCUUGUUUCCGGUGGUAGGAACGUAUCUUACUUCGAGAUACUGAAUCAGAGCUGUACUGAAUUCGUUGGGAAGCUAAUAUUUGUACGCAAGCUUGAUCCGCUCGAUUUCGAUCAGAUUUUUGGAAAACUUAAACUCGAUUUGGUCUAUCAUGUUGCCUCUAAUUGCUUCCCGAAGGUACGAAUGAAUUACGAGGAAACUCAGGGCGAACAGACAUGGGCUUAUAUUCCCGCUAAGCAAGUAUUCACAUACAUCCAGAAGAGAAAUUGGCUACUUGCGUUCAUCAUUGGCCAGAACUACAUGUUGGACUUUGCGAUGGAAGUGAACGAGAAUCGAACGAUGUACUUUAAUAACUUCGUGAACUUAGAAGACAUUAAGCAACUAUCAGUGCUGUUCGGCAACAACAGGAUCCAAGCUGCACUGAGAAAGGAUUUGGUGAAGGCUUUCGUGGAGUAUCUUGACAAGAACGUGUACGACGACAAGGAUGAUAGCUUCGAGACGGCCGAAGAGAUUCUUGAAGAGGACGUCAAGUUCAAAUGGAAAUCUCUUUUGGAUGUUCUUGAGAGCAUCCCGGAGAUCCAGUUAAGAAAUUGGGCGGAAUACGAGAAUACUAAAAACAUUAUUCUGAGCAACCUUGUGGUCGACAAGUUCGAAGAAGGACACUUCAAGUAUAUCCAGUAUGUCACUGAUGACGAAUUGCGCGUUGAUCUCAUUAUGAAUCACUUCUCUUAUUGGCCCGGCGACUUUUGCGUCUCCUUAAUCAGAUCCGAGCUAUCCAAAUCCACCAAUCACGACCUGAAGGAAUGGUUGGAUCGAAUCGAAUUUUCCGAAAGUAUCAAAGCCGUGCUCGAUGAAGAAAACUGGUUCGAGACUCACAAAUUGUGCAUAAGCGAUCCUUCCUUAGUGAUCAGCAAAUUGCUGCUAGCACCAAAAACCAAAUAUCUGCUCGACUACGUGCGUAUUUACGCGAUAUCCCGAGACGUUUACGAGCAACACAUAAACCUAAGUUACAUCCAAUUGAUGUUCAGCUUCAAGGAGCCUCUAGACGAGAUCGAAUCUCUGCUGAGUUUGCUACGCAGAGAUUCAUCGGUGGAGAUUUGUCAGUACCUUCUGAAGACUGUAAAGAACUUAGAUCAUUUGCAGUUCAUUAUCAAUUACCUGCUGAAGCGUUUGCCAGAUGCCAGCAACAUACGCGACAUACAGAUCAGCUUGGAGAUCCUGCGAUGCCUGAACCCCAACGAGCAGGAGCAGAUGCGAUGUCUCAUUGGUGAGCCGUUAAACAUUAUCGAAACACUAGUCAUGAACACCAAAUUGGACAAGCUCGGACAGGUGAUGGAGGCAUUGCAGGAUAAGUUGAAGUUCUGCGAGUUGGCCGACAAUCAGAUUUCGAUUGAGACCAUCGACGAUCUUCUGCGAAAAUACGCAGAGAAGAGCCUCGAGUUCAGGGUCAUCCUGCAGCCACAUCCCAAGCUGCUGAAAUCCUGCGACAGCAAACUGAUGCAGUCAUUGGACUCUAUGUACUGGCCCGAUCGAAAACCCUUCGUCAUGCCAGAUGAUGUCCCAGAUAAAUCAGAUUGGAUGCCUAAUAAUGAGGUGUUGGAAUGUAUGUGCUGUCAGAAUACAAUAUUUUCCAUGUUCAAUAGAAGGCAUCACUGCAGAAGAUGUGGGCGAGUUAUUUGCUUUAAUUGCUCUACAAAAAGGAUGAACGUCCACAAAUACGGCGAUAUAAUGGUGCGUGUCUGCAUCGAUUGUUACGAGCAGUCGAACGCUGAAGAUUAUUCUUCCAAUGAUACAACCUCCUGCAGAUCCAUUAUGUACGAUUAUUGGUUCCUUACAGAUAAUCCCGAUCACAACGCGAUUCUGCGUCAGGAGUUUUCUUUCGAGCACGCUCCAAGCGUUUCUCUUUGUCUCUCCAUCAUGAAGCAUCAUUCACGUUGUUUGGAAUACCCGAAAUUCCUGCUGGAUCAAUGCGAGAACAUGCUGAAACUACUACAGCCGACGUCUCCGAAUGCACCUCAAGAAGUCGAUUAUUCCCUUGUUGUGAAGAUGUUAAAAUCAUUGGCGAUUGCUGCAAAAAUGGUGUCCUCGGAUUGUAACCUGCAGUGGGGAUCUUCGCAAGCUGAUAGGAUUCUUUCGCAAGCUGAUCUGCUUGGUCUUCUUGCCGAAAGAGGAUGCCUCAACUUGCUUCCGAUCCCCUCUCACAACGGCACUCCGUAUGUGGAUUCCACAGUCCUCCGCAGACUCAGAGAUAAACUCCUCGAAAUGGAACAGUGGAAUUUUGCCCUGGACGUCUCCACCAAAGCAGGAUUAGAUAAUACUGCGGUGUUUGCUGAGUGGGGAAAGAGUUACUUGCGGGCUGGAUGUUUGGAGAUGGCACGGGAAAAUUUUUCCAGGUGUUUCGAAAAGUCGCAUCCGCACGAGUUCCUCGACUAUUCAAUGUCUAUAGAUUUGGACGAGAACAGCGUGGACAGUUCGAUCAGGAAACAUUAUCAUUCGAAAUCCUCAUUGAUAAUGACCGAGACGAAGCCACAGCGAAAUCCUCCUCUGCUAAACAAGAUCAUCGAGAUCCUGGAGAAUCAGACGAUGAAGGUGGACGUCAACAAGCGGAAAACUUUCAACUCGACUGACAAAUUGGAAAAGUCGACGACAUACCGCAAACAUCAUGAAAGCGAACAAGCGAUUUGCAUUAAGUACAAACUGAGAAACCUAAAGAUGAUUUCGACUGGUUUGUAUAUGAAGAAUAGCAUCAACGGCAGUAACCACAUUGAUCCGAUCUUUUAUAACGAGUGUCUGUACUAUCUGAACCGAUACGGAAGCCAUCUGAGUCUUCUGCAGUUCUACAUCAAAAACAACAACGUGCACGAGGCUCUGCAUUACAUUGUGGAUAACAGUGUGAGCACGGACGUAUUUAUCGAUGUGUACCUAAUCUGUUUGAAGGAUGGAAUCGUGCAGCAACUGCAGAGCGGCAUGUCCACAAUAGAUUCGACGCUGGAGAUCUGGAAGGACUAUCUAAGGAGCAUCUGCUGUCACCUGGAGAAGCAAUCUCUUCUCAAUUCGCUGUACCAGCUGCAGCAGUUCAUGGGAGACUUCGUGCGAGCAUCCAUGACAUGCAUCAGGUUCUACAAGGAGAACGCCAAGUCUUACAGGGAUCUUCUGCUCAACGUACACUUCUUGGACAAGGCCAAGGAUCAUCUGAGACAGGAAUUGGAGCAGCAACAGUGGGUGAAAGUCAACCCGGUUAAAAAGCAGAACUGCUACGAAGAAAAGGCCCUCGCGAAUCCCUCGCUCGUCAUGAAAGUCGAUUCAAAGAACAUCAAUAAGCACAUCAAUACGAUCAAAAACCAGAUCAUCAUUACCAACUUCCUCGCAAACGGCUUUAAGGAUGAGAAAUACAUGAUCAACAUUUUGCCUAAUUUGGUCACCUCCACAGAAGGUGAAGGCCCGGAGGAUCAAAUCCCAACACUGUUUGAUUCGCACUCCGCCAAAAUCCAAUUGGCCAUCUUAACCAUCCUCAGCAGGGAACUGGUCGAAGAGGGAUUCGAGUAUGCAGACAAGAUCAUAACCGAUUUUAAAUUGAAACCGAUUAAGGUGUACUGCCAGGUAGGACGUCAGUUGGCGCGAGAGGAGAGGUAUGAAGGUAUAGCUCAACUUGUGAACUGCAUCCGUUCCAAAGGUGAAAACGAUCCUUCAGUAAUUGACAUGUGCGAUGAGAUGCUUGCAACAGCAGUACGUACUCUCGGCUCCAACAAAGCUACAUCCACCUCCCAAUUGGAGAUGCUUAUCAAACUAAUAACGGAUCGCAACAUCAAGAUAUCCAUGUACAUAGAAACCAAGCAAUUGAAGAGCGCCUACCUUUUGGCAGCAAAGUACAACAGAAGCGGAGACUUGAGGAGGAUAAUGCGCGAGGCGGAACUACUCAACAAGCCGGACAUCAAGAAACUCUGCCAGAAACUAUUGCAAACUCAUUCACAUUCGCAUAAGGACACUUAAGACAAUAUUCGUGGAGCUAAGAGAGCUACGAAGGCUGUGAUUUUAUGGACAAGAUUAGUGAAACAAACUACGCUAUUUAUUUUUAACAUAUUAAUAUAUUAUAAAAUUUUAUUUUCUGUAUACGUGUCCCUCUCCCUACCAAAAAACACUUUUGUAAAUU